AUGAAUCAACAGAUAGAGUUGGAUCUCAUUCGUAAAGAGAGUAUCGAUCGUAUUGAAAAUCAAUUGUUUCCAAGUGAAUAUGAAUUGACCAGCGAUAGAUCUUCAACUUCCAACCUAUCAGUAAAUCAAUAUGCUGAAUACAAUCAUGACAUCGCAAAUACACCAGUUAUCUACAAUGCUGAAAAAACAACCAUCAUGGAAAGAUUCUUGUUACUCACCGGUGCCAACAAUUCUUCCACUGAACAGUCAGUUAUUGUCAAUCAUUUAUCCUACGAUGUUUAUGAAAGAAAGCAAUUAUUUAAACCAAAGGAAAAAGUUGAUAUUUUAUCAAAUAUCUCUUUUUAUUUAAAGCCAGGAAUGAUGGUUUUAUUAUUGGCUGGACCAAGUUCAGGUAAAACAACAUUGUUUAAAUGCUUGACGAAUCGUAUUCCAAGUAGAGGUGUUGUCAGUGGUGAUCUGCUGUUUGGUAAUUGUCCAAUCGAUCCAAAGACUCAUCAUACUCAGUAUAUUUAUGUUUCGCAAACCGAUAACCAUAUUCCAACACUGACCGUGAGAGAGACACUAGACUUUAGCAUCCAAUGUCAAUCAAAGUUGCCAGAGGAACAACAAGACCAGCUGCGUAAUACAGUUUUGGAGAUGUUGGGUAUGAAGCACGUAGAGGAUACCGUCAUUGGUAACCAGUCUAUUCGUGGAGUGUCCGGUGGUCAAAAGAAGCGUAUGACCGUUGCCGUCGAGCUAUUCAAAGGUGCCAAAACAAUAUUCAUGGAUGAACCUACGUCUGGGUUAGAUUCUACUACAUCCUAUGAAUUGCUGUCUUCCAUCAAACUAAUCUCUGAAAGUGCUCAUGUUCCAGAUGGUCAAGUUACAUUCUUUGGAUCAAAAGAUCAAGUAUUACCAUUUUACAAAGAAUACGGAUUACUUUGUCCAAAGACUCAGAAUCCUGCAGAAUUCUUGAGUAAUGUUUAUGAACUGUCAAGAAUAAAUCCAGAUGUUGAAUUAAAAUCAACUGAUGAUUUUAUUUCUGCUUAUGAAUCAUCAAAUAUUUAUCAAGAGAAUUUAAAAGUUGUUAGAGAUGAAAUUGUAAAAGCAAAAAGAUUUGGAUUGGUAGCACCAAAGAUAGAUCUUUUUCAACAAUCACUUUUUAAUCAAAUUAAACUUUGUAUUAAAAGAGCAUUUGUUAUGACAUUUAGAGAUCGUCCUUCUCUCACCUCUAGAUUUUUAAAGAGUGUCAUUCUUGGCCUUUUGAUUGGUAGUCUAUUCUUUGAUGUUGGAAACACUCAGAAAUCCACCCAAUUGCUUCCAUCGCUUACCUUUUUCCUCUUGACCUUUGUGGUUUUCGGUUCAUUGGCAGGUGUCCAACAACUCUUUAUAGAAAGACCAAUCUUCUAUGACCAACAAUACUGUAAAUACUACCAUAGUUUUGCGUAUUUCUCUGCCGGUGUCAUCUGUGACCUCUUUUGGAAUUUCUGGGAUGUCUUUAUCUUUACCAAUCUCUCCUACUGGAUGAUAGGGCUAAGUUCGGAUAUCAACAAAUUCCUCUACUUCCUUUUGAUACUCUAUGUUCUCGAUUCACUGGUAAUCAGAACCGCCAAAGCGGUAUCUGUAUUCUCAUCGACACCAAUCAUCGCCAGUACUAUCGCGCCAACCUUCUUUUGUUUGUUGCUCCUCAUGGCUGGAUAUAUCAUUCCACACAUCUCAAUUCCAACCUACUGGAAAUGGAUGUACUAUGUUUCGCCAUUCAAGUGGUCGUACGAAGCUUUGCUUGUCAAUGAAGUACAUGAUCAUACCUACCGUUGUGAACCAGACGAAUUGUUGCCGCCAUCCAACAAUCCUCUCUUAAAUCUCAGCUAUCCCUAUGGUUAUCAAGGAGGUCGUAUCUGUCCAACUACUACCGGUGACCAACUUCUCAAUUCCAAAGAUAUCACCACCGAUUUCAACUAUCGUUUCCAAGCACUGUUUGUCUUGUUAGCCAUGUAUAUAGUAUCUUUGGUCAUCUCAUUGAUCGGUCUCAGAUAUUUUAGAUACGACAGUAUUCCAAAUAAUCCACCACCAGUAACCACUUCCAUUCUUGCCAGACAACAAAAACUUAUCCGUAGAUCAACAUCGGGUGUAGUCGCAAUGAAGAAGAGACUGAGUGAAGGUUGUUUCUUGUCAUUCCACAAUCUAACAUAUCAAGUCUAUGUUUCCAAGUCUGGAGGCACUAGAGUCAUUCGUACACUACUUGACAAUAUCAAUGGUUUUGUUGUUCCAGGCACUCUAGUGGCAUUGAUGGGCAGUUCUGGUGCUGGCAAAUCAACCCUGUUGGAUAUUCUUGCCAACAGAUCCAAAAAUGGAAUUCUCAGUGGUGACAUCAUGGUGAAUGGAAAGCCAAGAGACAAAUUCUACAAUCGUUACAUUGCCUAUGUUGAGCAAGAGGACAGACUUCCCAACUCUCAGACCAUCAGAGAAGCUAUUUCAUUUAGUGCCAAUUUAAGAUUGCCACCAGAUGUCAGUGAAGCUCACAAGAGUGAUGUCGUAUGUUAUAUCCUCGAUGUACUAGAGCUAAUUCCACUGGCCGAUGUUAUCAUUGGCACACCAGAAAAUGGAAUUUCAAUGGAACAAAGAAAGAGAGUCAAUAUUGGAAUGGAGUUGGCUUGUAAUCCCGAUAUCCUAUUCCUCGAUGAACCAACUACCGGUCUAGAUUCAGUCAGUGCUCAAAAGAUUAUGACUCUUGUAAAGAAGGUGGCAACCCAUGGAAGAUCGGUGAUCUGUACAAUUCAUCAGCCAGCAGAAACCAUUUUCAAUCUCUUUGAUUCCAUUUUGCUACUGACCACUGGUGGUUAUACUGCAUAUUUUGGCGAGGCAGGAAAGAAUUCCGAAAAAAUUAUUUCCUACUGUAGAACCUAUGGAUUUGAAUGUCCGGCCAACAAAAAUCCAGCGGAAUUCCUACUUGACUAUUCCGCGUCUAUCAAUUUGCAAUCUAGGAUGGCUGCUCAUGACAAGUUGUGUGAAUCAAGAUUCAGUUGGGUGCUGAAAUUGGUGAAAAUGUUUAAAAGAGAAACAGAAGCAACAACAACAACUAGCCAGGAUGAAAUAAUUUGUCAAGAUGGAGUUGGUUGUGCUGAGGAUGAAGAGUCAACCACAGGAAACAAACCAGAUGUAAUCGAUAACUAUCUUGGUUCCGAUCAGUAUAGAGCUAAUUUGGCAACUUUGACUUCCGAUACCAUUCAUUCCAGUUUCAAGGCUACCACUUUUACCACCAAACAUGCAUCGAAUUUCCGUCGUCAAUUUUCACACUUGAUGACACGUUCGUUCCUCACUGCAUGGAGAAAGAAGAAUGUGGUAAUCACCAGAUCUAUAAGAUCACUGGUUUUGGCUUUCAUCACUGGAACUCUAUUCUGGCAGAUUAGAAAUGAUCAGGAAGGCGUGAACGAUCGUAUCUCUUUCAUUUUCUUCUCUUCCACUUUUGCUUCGAUAUCUUGUCUCUCCAAUAUUCCUUCGAUGUUUGAAGAAAGACCGCUGUGGUAUCGUGAAUUGGAUUCUGGUACCUACCGUCAUUUGGCGUUUAUUUUUAGUACUAUCCUCUCAGAUAUGCCAUUUACUAUGAUGUACUCUUGUUUGUUUAGUGCACCGGUCUAUUGGAUGGCAGGAUUAUAUGCAGACGGUCAUAGAUUCUGGAUAUUCAUGUUAACCUACUAUCUCUAUGUCCAAACACUGAUUAUUUUCUCUCAGUUGUUAGGUGUGAUCUGUCCAAACAUGAGUGUCGCCAACGAACUCACUGGAAUAGUGUUCUCUAUUUUCUCUUUGUUUGCCGGCUUCAUUAUCCGUGAAUCGUUUAUUCCAAGUUACUUUAAAUUCUUCUACCAAAUAUCGUUCACUCGUUAUGCAGUUGAGACGUUGACAGUCAAUGAAAUGCAAAGUGGAAUCAAAUUCACCUGUUUGCCAGGCCAAUACAUUCCGGUACCAGUGAAAAUCAACAGUACUCUGACAGUGUACAAACCAUACUGUCCUAUUCCAGACGGCGAGACAGUCUUGGAGAUUUUCAAUCUAGAUAGAUCUGCAACAAAAGUUAACUCCAUCGUACUUUUGUCAAUAUUCUUUGUAUUCACAAUACUAAUUCUAAUUUCAUCUAGAAUUUUCAAGUAUAAAAAAUAA